UCUGUCUGUCUGUCUGUCUGUCUGUGCCACCGCUCGCGCGAUCCGCUGCUGAUCGAUGCGAGCAGCCGCAGCCCUCGUUUUGCUCCUCACUGAUCCGGCCAUCGCAGUCUCUCCCGCGCUCUCACCGGCGCCUCGCGUCUUUCUGGCGCGACAGCGGCCGCUGCGGGCCGCGCCGCGCUGCAGUUCCAGCGAUCCCGCGACCGAGGUCGCGCGGUGGUGUGUCGCCAACGGACAGAGCGAUGCGGCCGUGGUCGUGAGCGGCGCCACCGGGCUUGCCGAGGCGAUGCGCGAUUUCUGGUACGUUACCCACUCCAUCGGCACGACCGACGACGCCGCACCGCUCACGGCGCUCGCAUUCCCAGCCUGGUCGGCCGCGGCGGACGGCUCCCUGUUUGAGCGCGUCUUCCAGCAUGUUGGCUCGUGCUCGCAGCUGUCGGACUACCUCGGCGACGACGUCCUCUGCCUCGCUCGCCACCCCACCGCCUCCGACUCUCCGCCGCCGCACCCGACGAUGCUGCUGCGGCGGCACGCGCAGAGCGGCUUCUCGAGCCUCUCGUCCGAGGAGGACGAGUACUUUGGCGGGGUCGACCCGUUCGCGGAGCUCGAGGCGCGCCUCGCCUCGGACGCGCCUCCUCCUCCGCCUCCCGCCUCAGACGAGCAGGUGCUCGCCACGACUCACGCGUGGGUCAAGGCGGUCAUCGUCGACAUGAAGGUCUGCCCCUUCUCGCACUCGGUCGACAAGGCGGGGCUGCCGCAGGGAGGCGUCACCUACCCCAUCACGCGAGCCUCCAGCGUCGAGCAGCUCUACCAGGCCUUCUGGGAGCAGGUCGGCGAGCUCGACCGCGUCGACGAGCGCGAGGUCGCCACCGUCCUCCUGCUCGCGCCAGAGUUCACCUCCGGAUCGGCGGAAGGCUUCGACGCCUUUGCAGACUCGCUGAACGAGGCGCUCACCUCGCUCAAGCUCGAGGAGAAGCUGCAGCUCGUCUUCUUCCACCCGGGCUUCGCCUUCCGGGACGGAAAGGAGAGGAUGGGCGGCGAGGGCGCCGCAGCCAACUUUGCGCGCCGAUCGCCCGUCCCGAUGAUCAACUUGCUGCGCACGCCGCAGGUCCGCGCGGCGCAGAAGGGGAUCCCUACCGGCUCCGUAUACGACACAAACGAGAAGAACCUCGCCAGCGUCGGCUCGGAGCAGCUGCAGGAGAUGCUGCACAGAUGCGAGUGGUCUGCGCUCGAGGGGCGCACCUACCUGCCGCACCAGACGCGCGCCGCGAUCGAGUCGGCGGCGAACCGCUGACAGUCGGGAAUGCACGCGGCGCGGCCCCGCGCGCC